AUGGCUACAUUGGCUGAAUUCUGGUACAACAGUAACUAUCAUUCAUCCUUGAAAGUUACUCCCUUUAAGGUAAUGUAUGGGUAUGAUCCUCCACAGUUAUCAUUUGAAUUGGUUUCUCAAAACCCUAUAGCUUCCAUUAAUCAAGUUUUGAAGGAAAGACAAUUGAUGACCAAGAUUUUGAACGGUAACUUGGAGAAAGCUCAGAACAAGAUUAAAUUAUUAGACAAGAAAAGAACUGAAAGGGAGUUUGAGGCGGGAGAUUGGGUAUUCUUGAAGCUUCAACUAUAUAGGCAGACCUUAAUUGCAAUCGAAAAAAUGGCCUAUAAACUGGAAUUGCCUCCUACUGAUAACAUACAUCCACUGUUCUAUAUAUCUCAGCUCAAAAAGAAGAUAGGACCACAUGUAGUGCCUGCCAUUAACCCUCCAAUUUGCUCUCUUAAAGGACAACCAUUAGUGGAACCUAGAGUUGUACUUGAUAGAAGAAUGAUCAAGAAAUGGAACAAGGCUGCUACUCAAAUUUGGUUCAGUGGGCUAAUCUAUUGCCUGAAGAAGCCACUUGGGAAGAUUAUAACUUCAUCAAGUCCAGUUUCCAGAAUUUGA